AUGACUUUGAACAUAACAGUUUUAAUAUCAGGAUCUGGUACAAACUUGCAGGCACUUAUAGAUGCCCAGAAAGGCAACCAAUUGAAUGGUCAAAUUACUCAAGUCAUAUCAUCAUCUGAAACAGCAUACGGAUUGAAAAGAGCUGAGCAAGCAUCGAUACCUACAAAGACACAUAUAUUGAAAAACUAUUACAAGGGAACUACUAAAGAUCAAACCGAAGUGCGUAAGCAGCGCAGAGAACAGUUUAACGUGGAAUUGGCAAAUUUGCUCAUCAAUGGUCAAAUCGAAGGUUCAGAUGCCCUGUACACAAAGCCAGAUUUGAUUGUUUGUGCUGGAUGGAUGUUGAUUUUAUCACCAAGUGUUUUACAGCCUUUGGAGAAGGCAGGAAUCACCAUUAUUAAUUUACAUCCUGCGUUACCUGGUGCAUUUGAUGGUACUCAUGCCAUUGAUCGUUGCUGGAAAGCUGGUCAAGACGGACAAAUUACAAAAGGUGGAGUUAUGAUUCACAGAGUCAUUGCUGAAGUGGAUAGAGGUACUCCUAUUUUGGUCAAGGAACUUGAUUUGAUUAAAGGGGAAUCUUUAGAAGAAUAUGAAGACAGAGUGCAUAAAGUGGAACAUGUCGCCAUAGUUGAAGGGACCAACAUUAUUCUCGAUGAAUUAAGCAAGUAA